AUGUCUUUAAACGAAAUAUAUAAAAAUGUUUCAAAAGCUUUACUUUUAGGAAUAUCAAGUAUUUUACAAAAAGGAAGUGAAGAAUAUUAUCAUUUUGAUAAUGAAAAUACAGUUGCUGAAACUAUAUAUGAUAACUUUGAAACUAAAAUUGAACAA